AUGUAUCGUUGGUUUUUUAAACGUAAACAUGACUUAUCACCACGUAUCAUUUAUCCAACUACAUUAAUUCAUUUAAACAAAUUUGAAUUGGACAAACAUUCUUCAUUCAAUAAUAAUCAUAAUCAUAAUCAUAAAUAUGCAUCAAAUUAUAUUAAAACAACCAAAUAUACAUUAUGGACAUUUUUACCAUUAAAUUUAUGGGAACAAUUUCAUCGUUUUGCUAAUGUUUACUUUGUAUUUAUCCUUGUAUUAAAUUUUAUACCGGAAAUUGGUGCCUUUGCGAAAGAAGUUGCACCAAUUCCUGUUUUAAUUACAUUAGCUGUUGUAGCUAUAAAAGAUGCCUAUGAAGAUUUUCGACGACAUUUAUUAGAUCGUAAAGUGAAUAAAAAACCAUGUGAAGUUUAUUCAGUACAUGAAAAUCAAUACAUCAUUGAUCAAUGGCAACAUCUGCGUCCUGGGGAUUUUGUUCGUUUACACACAAAUGAUAUCAUUCCAGCGGAUAUUUUAUUAUUGGCUACAUCAAAUAGUACCGGGAUUUGUCAUAUUGAAACAGCUAAUUUAGAUGGUGAAUCCAAUUUGAAACAACGUGAAAUUAUAUCCAAUUGGUCGAAUAAAGAAGAAUUUUCACCGCUGACAUUUCUUUAUCCAAUUGAAGUAGAAGCUCCAAGUGCUGAAUUGUAUAAAUUUCAUGGGAAAAUUCUACUUCCAGAAACACGAAUUCCAAUUCGUAAGAAUAAUAUGCUACUCAGAGGUUGUGUAUUACGCAACACAGAUUAUGUCAUCGGUAUUGUUAUAUAUGCUGGCUGUGAAACAAAAGCAGCUAUGAAUAAUUCUGGUGUUCGUUUCAAACGAAGCAAACUGGAAAAACAAAUUAACAUGGAUGUCAUUUGGUGUGUAUUGAUUUUAGUUGUAGUCUGUUCUACUGGUGCUAUUGGUAGCGCUGUUUGGCAUCAAAAUUUACCAGGUGAUGAUGUACUCUUUGUUGCACUUGAUAGAAAUUCUUCCACUUCAACACCUGCUUAUCAAGGAUUUCUUAAUUUUUGGCGAUUUGUAAUUAUUUUUCAAACAAUGAUACCAUUACCAUUAUAUGUCACCAUUGAAUUUGUUAAAAUGCACCAAGUUUGGUUUAUGAAUAAUGAUUUAAAAUUAUAUGAUCAACAAUUCGAUCGACGUAUUGAAAUACGUUCAUUUAAUAUACCAGAAGAUUUAGGUCAAAUUGAAUAUGUAUUCACUGAUAAAACUGGUACUCUGACUGAAAAUAAAAUGCGAUUUAAACGUGCCAGUAUUAAUGGUAAAGAUUAUCAUGCGGAUGAUGAUGGUGAAGAUAAUCAUGAAAAUGAUGAUCAAUUGAGUAAUACUUCAUCACCAAUACAUACUGUAAGAAAUUUGACUGUAUUAAAUAGUAUAUUAGAGAAUAGAACUGUAUUUUCCAAUCCUCAAAAGAAUAUUCAUCACAAUAGUUCACGUAAUCAUGAUGGGAUAACAAAUAAAACCGCUGAAAAAAUUGCAACCAAUGAUAUUAGUACUAGUAGUAGUAAUUGUAUGCUAUUACAAACGGAUCGUAACACUUGUUGUUCAUCAACAUCUUCAUCUUAUUUAUCAUCAUGUGGACGAAAUGUACAAAACACUGUAAGCGUUCAAAAAAGACAUGAAGAAGGAUCGGCGGAUACCACCAACACCACCACCUGUAACAACAAUGAAAAUAUAAAUAAGCAUCAUUCAACUGUAAAUCAAUCUAACACCAUUAUUCAUUAUCAAUUAUUAUUAUCAACAUGUAAUGAAGAAAUACGUAUACAAGAUUAUUUUUUAGCAUUAGCUAUAUGUAAUACAGCUGUAGUGUCUGUUACAAAGAAUACACCGACAUUAUUUCAAGUACCACCACGUCGUAAAGGAUUUCGUGAUUUUUUUCGUUCUGGUAAAUUAAACUCCAUUACACAUAUGCAUCAAAAAUUACGUAAAACUAAACUACACCAACAACACCAACAGCCUAAUACACCAACCACUGCAACACCAACAACAGAUCGAACAGACAAUCAACAUCAUUUAUCACGUAUUAAACAAACCAUCAAUUUAUCUAAUCUAUUUUCAAAUAAAUCACAUUCAACUCGAUUGGAGAAGAAUGCCCACAUAGUAAAAUAUGAUAAUAGUAAUAAUAAUAAUAAUACAAGCAUUGAAUCACCGCCUCAUAUUCUCAUUCAUACUACUAACCAACAACAACAACAACCACAUCAUCUCAAGUCGAUUCAUCCUAAUGGUCAUGAUGACCUUGUCAGUAAUACUGAUUAUGAAAAUACUAGUCAAGAAACCUUCUUAGUCAUCGAUGAUGAUGAUGAUGAUGAUAUUGACAACGGACCACUACAAUCAGUGAAAAUUGAUCAUCCUCAUCAUCAUACGAAGGAUGCAUUGAAAAUUCACGGUAUACAUAGUAUGUCAGCCAGAACAUCAACAUCAUCAUCAUCAUCAUUCUAUCAUAAUGACCGAAUCAACACUAAUGAUCCAUGUUUAAAUAAACAAUCGGUGGUGUUUUUUUCAAGUCGUUGUUUACCGCCAGUAAUUGAAGCAUUAGAUUUAGAUGUAUCAUUGAAACAUUCUCAACAUAUUUUAAACCAAUCACCGAUUGGUAUCCAUGGUGAUGAUGAUGCUGUUGAUAAAGUAAAACAAAAACCUAUUGAACAUUUAAUCUCAUCAUCAACAUCACAACAACAACACCACCACGAUCAAGUGAAUCAUUCAAACAACAAUGAUAAUAUGUUUAUAGAAGGAGAAGAAGAUUUUGAAUCGACAUCAGCAGCAGCUGAUCAUGGUGGCUUCAAUUCGCGGAGUGACCAAUGUGAUCCAAUGGAAAGUCCUAUUCUACCUAAAGAUUUACAGCUGAAUUUAAUCAAAGUGAAUAAUACAGAAAAUCGUUUAGGCGGCGAUGAUGAAUUAGAAAUUAUCAAUACAGCUAGAACUGUCACUAUACGUAUACACAAUGGGAGUUCGCUGGAAUUGCCUAUUGAAUCCGAUAUUCAUGUACAAUCCUCAUCGGAAUUAAAAAAUCAAUGUCCAUUAUCCGACACUACAUUGUACAAUUCAUAUGAAUCAGAAAGUCCUGAUGAAAUAUGCUUAGUGAAAGAGGCAUGUAAACGAAAUUAUAAAUUAUUACAACGUGGUGUUGAUUUUGUAUUAAUGUGGCUGCCAAAAGAUGGACUUGUCUGUAUUCAUGUACUACGUAUUCUACCAUUCGAUUCACAACGUAAACGUAUGUCCAUUUUAUUUCGUCAUCCAUAUACAAAUGAACCAAUUUUAUUUACAAAAGGUGCCGAUUCAUCAAUUAUGAAUCGUUUAGAUAAUACAGAAUUAAAUUCACCAGAAUUAGUAAUGAAUACACAAGAACAAAUUGAUCAUUAUUCACGUUUAGGUUUAAGAACAUUAGUUAUAGCUGAACGAGUAAAUUUUGAAUCGACAUCAGCAGCAGCUGAUCAUGGUGGCUUCAAUUCAAGGAGUGACCAAUGUGAUCCAAUGGAAAGUCCUAUUCUACCUAAAGAUUUACAGCUGAAUUUAAUCAAAGUGAAUAAUGCAGAAAAUCGUUUAGGCGGCGAUGAUGAAUUAGAAAUUAUCAAUACAGCUAGAACUGUUACUAUACGUAUACACAAUGGGAGUUCUCUGGAAUUGCCUAUUGAUACAGAUAUUCAUGUACAAUCCUCGUCGGAAUUAAAAAAUCAAUGUCCAUUAUCCGACACUACAUUGUACAAUUCAUAUGAAUCAGAAAGUCCUGAUGAAAUAUGCCUGGUCAAAGAGGCAUGUAAACGAAAUUAUAAAUUAUUACAACGUGGUGUUGAUUUUGUAUUAAUGUGGCUGCCAAAAGAUGGACUUGUCUGUAUUCAUGUACUACGUAUUCUACCAUUCGAUUCACAACGUAAACGUAUGUCCAUUUUAUUUCGUCAUCCAUAUACAAAUGAACCAAUUUUAUUUACAAAAGGUGCCGAUUCAUCAAUUAUGAAUCGUUUAGAUAAUACAGAAUUAAAUUCACCAGAAUUAGUAAUGAAUACACAAGAACAAAUUGAUCAUUAUUCACGUUUAGGUUUAAGAACAUUAGUUAUAGCUGAACGAUUAUUAACAGAAAAUGAAGUUCAAGAAUGGUUACGAGAAGUCUAUCAAGCGGAAACUGGUAAUGAUGAUUCCACAGAAGCUAUGUUAGCCCUAAUGGAUAAAUUAGAACGUAAUUUUAUUCUUUUAGGUGCUACAGGUAUAGAAGAUCGUUUACAAAAUGGUGUACCAGAAACUAUUGAUGCACUACGUGAAGCUGGUAUGCAUGUAUGGAUGUUAACUGGGGAUAAACAAGAGACUGCAGUGAAUAUAGCUCGUUCAGCUAAUUUGAUUACAUCUCAGCAUAGAGUAUUAUACAUUAAUUCACAUUCUGAGGCUCGUACAGAAUAUCUUUUAAAUUCUUAUCUAUAUAGUAUUAUUAGUGGACAAUAUUUAGAUAAUUUUCAUGAAUCUAAUGAUGAUAAAUUAGAAAAAUUCACAAAUCCACGUUAUUAUUUCAACACAUCACAACAAUGCGAUCGCAAAAAUCGUGAAUUAAGAAAAAAACCAAUUAUCCUACGUUCUUCAUCGCAUUCACCGCAUCGUAGUCGUACUACACAUCGUGUACGUAUUAUGCAAACACAAAAACCUUCAUCAUUACCACGUGAUAUAACUUAUUUUCAUGAAUAUCAUCAUACUACUAAUAGUAGUAAUAACAAUGCUAAUAAUAAAACUUUCACAUUUAAAACAAAACCAUUGAAAUAUUUUACAAUUUUGACUAAAUAUUAUCAUUUAUUGACGAAACGACAACAUCGUAAACAUAGACAAUCAAUGCAUCAUAAACGACGACACAAUAAUCAUGGUAGUAUUAGUAGUAAUAAUAAUAUUCUGUCAGAUAAAAUCCCAUUGGCUUUAGUGAUUGAUGGAGAAAGUUUAAAUUAUGUAUUGAAUAAUGAAAGAAAUCGUUUACGUUUUAUUAAAUUGACUGAAAUGUGUACAAAUAUUAUUUGUUGUCGAUCUACGCCUGGACAAAAGGCCGCAAUAGUUUGUUUAAUUAAAGAUGAAUUAAAUGUUCAAACUUUAGCUAUUGGUGAUGGUGCUAAUGAUGUGAAUAUGAUACAAGUAGCUAAUGUUGGCAUUGGUAUAAAUAGUGGUGAGGAGGGUAUGCAAGCUGUUAUGGCAUCGGAUUUUGCUAUUAGUCGAUUUCAAUUCUUAAAACAAUUAUUACUUGUCCAUGGGCAUUGUUGUUAUGAUAAACUUGCACAUACUUCACUAUAUUUAUUUUAUAAAGAUGCAAUUUAUAUAUUCCUAUUAUUUUGGUUUCAAAUGUUCAAUGGUUUUUCGGGUAGUAAUGCAAUUGAUCAAUUAUCACAAAUUUUAUUUAGUGUUACAAUGACUGGUUUACCACCAUUCAUAAUGGGCAUUUGGGAUAAUCCAUUAGAUGAGAAAACUUUAUUAGCAAAUCCUAUAUUAUAUCGAACUGGAAUAUAUGGUUAUGCUUAUCGUCCAUGGUUAUUUUGGCUGAAUAUAUUCGAUGCAUUAUGGCAAAGUUUAAUUGUAUUUUUCCUAUCAUAUUUUACUUAUUCUGAUGAUACUAUUGGUUUAUGGGAAUUUGGAUUAUUUCAAACGAAUGCAACAAUUCUAUGCACAUUAUUUCAUUCAUUACUGAUUACAAGAACAUUGGUAAUAUUACAUCUAGUUAGUUUUAUAGCUAGUUAUAUUGUAUCUUAUGUAAUAUUUACAAUGAUUUAUCAUGCACUUGCUAUUACUGCUGUUCCACCCGAAUGUCCAUAUCGAAUUAUUUUUCAAAUGAUGAAUAAUACUAAAUUUUGGUUAUUAACAUUGGUCACUAUUAUUUUAGCAUUAUUGCCCAGAUUACUUAUGAUAACAAUUAAAAAUACAUUUUAUCCAAAUAUGGAUACAAUUGGUAAUUUAUUAGCAAAACAUUUAGGACGUGGUAAACAUUUACCGUUAGAACCAUAUUUCCUACGUGUUCCAUCCUAUUCAUUUAUGAUGAGAAAUCGAUUUUCAAUUGUGCCAACAAUGAGUCAUCAUCAUUUAUCCACAUGUCCAUCAUCAGAUAUGAAUUUAAACAAAUUAAUGCAUCAGCCUGAUUUGAAUAGUCCGCCAAUGGAACACCAACACCGUCCUACAUCAAUAAGUCAUACAACUUCCAUUCGUUCAACCGAAUUGAAUUCAAAUUUAAUUCAAAUACCUGAAACACCAGUACAUUUAAUUUCAAAUUUAGCACGAAUUUUAAGUCUUAGUAGUCAAAUUAUUCGUGGUGUACAACCUACAACAACAACAACAACUACUACCACUACUACUACUAAUACUACUCACAAUAAUAAUGACUAUGUUGAAGAGAUUCAUCCGAAUUCCAUUGGAACAAACACUCAUCAUCAGCAUCAUCAGCAACAACAAUCAAAUACAAUGCCUAGAAUGUUUACAAAUCAAAAUUAUUUAUAUAAACGUCCAUAUCGAUAUUAUCAUACAUUUAGUGGAAAUGCAUUAUAUAAUCGUAGAUCAUUUACCACAACAACACCAACACCAACAUCACCAACAACACCACCACCAAAAUAUGAAAAUAAAACUAAUUUUGAUGAUGAUGACGAUGAUGACGGUGAUGUUGAUGCCGAUCAUAAUGAAUGGUACAAUAAUAGAAGAAGAAAUUUCAAUCGAUCAAGAAGACCUAUUCUUUGGCCAGUAAUUAAUCCAAAUAAUAGAAUUAUAAAUCAUAUUCAAACUGAAAAUAUUAGUCCAACUAGAGCUGAUAAUUAUUCAACCACCAGUAAUAAGCAUAAAAGUUUAAAUGAUCAAUGGAAACAAACACAACAGCCACAACCACAACAUUAUUUCUCCACAUAUCCUUCAGCUCGUUAUUCAUUUGGACAUCGACCACCAUUAUUAUUAAAUGAAGAUGGACAUUUUCCUGUGGUUGACUUAGAAGAACCAACUGAUUGUUCGUCUACUAUUAAUCCAUCUCAGGAAAAACAAAGUUGACGAUUUUUUUUUAAAAACAUGUAUUGUAUACCCUGUUUUGUGUGUGUGUGUUUGCUUAUUCUUUGUGUUCGCUCAAAUCCUAAUCUUCUGGGUUC